AUGUUCGAGCCCAUGUUCGGGCCCAUCCUCGAGCCCGAUCUCGACCCCCCUAACGAGUGUAGAUCUACACACUCCCAAGUACCCACGAUUCAUCUUCCCUUCGACCAUCGGUGUGGUGCCUGUGGGAGGGCGUUCCAGGACGAAAACAGCGUGACCGCCGUGGCCAGACUCGACGAUACUACGUUCACGACAUAUAGGAUAAUAGGAACUUUUACCACAUAUGAUGCGCCAAAGCCCACCGUACGAAGGUACGAAUCUUAUUACCCCUGUGAGGCCGAUGGCUGCGCACUUUGUGAUGAUGCUCCCGAGGCAAUAGCAUGCCAUAAUGACUGUCUCAAUGUUGUUUACGAUAAAAGAGCACCUCAAGAUUGUUUGUUGAAGUUAUGGACUGCAGGUACUUGGAGAAAUCCUUGUUACCGCUCCCCACCUUUGCUCUUGUCCCCAUCAGAUAACCCUACCUCCCGUAUGGAGGCGGCUGUUCAUGUGUUCCCUUCUCUUGCAAGGCUUCCUCACAAUGUGCAGCACAUGAUUCUCAAAGACUGCGACGACGCUUUUCUUUGGCGCUACGCGACCGUGUACGAGCUUGCACGCCGGAUGAACUGGGACCAUUUCUAUGCUGGGACCCUUUCCAUUGAUAGAAUACACAGCUGGUCUCGACCUCAGGAGCUGCCAUCGGAAGCAAAUACCAUCAUCGAAGAUCUACCAGUAGAGGGGGCCAACAACGAGGGAUACAUUCUGCUUAUUAUUGAUUCUCAAGGGCUUAGGGACAUUCUCCGGCUCCCUGAACUUUGGGACCGUCCCGACUACUGCUCAGAAGGGCUGCGUUUCAUCAGUGGGCCUGCUGAGAGCUUCUCCGGAUUUUCUGUUGACUUCAAGUAUGGUCUAGCUCGUUUGAUCGUUCCGCCUGGACGAAAGGUCCAGUUCUGGAGAUCCCACUCUCCCCCAAACAACCAAAUGAUCAUUGACUCCGAGGGACCAUCACCGGACUUCCCCCUGUACACAGGCCUCUUCUCAGCAAGCCAUUUCGUAUCAAUCGACUUGAACAAAUGCUAUGGGCUCACGGUUUUUAGUUCUCCCCGUGGUGUGGUUGGUAUGCAUGCGCACACACCCGAAAGCCCCCUGGCUAUGGAGGCCUUUGAGCGCCUGCGGCCUCGCCAGCUCAAGCAGUCGGUCAUUUGGUUUUAUGUCCCUCUCGGGCCGCAUGAAAAGGUCCUUUCACUAGGCCUUCGGUUUCAAUACACUCAGGGAAGGCGCAUGCUCCCUAGCCUUAUUAUCCGUUUGCAAUCGGGGCGAUAUACCAUCGGGCCAUGGUAUAAUGCACAAAAUGGACCAGCGGGAGACCUCACAUUCCAGGUCAGAGGGAGGCCUACUCUUCUCUACGAAGUACCACCACGUUAUUCGCUUUCUACACUUACCGUACUGCCUCAGACAGAAGUCUCUAAGGAACUCCAGACGCUCAAAGCAAGGGUACCUCAGCUUUGGACUCCCCAUCCCCAUUUUUCCUCGGCUCGAUUGGAAAACAUUGACAAAGUCUUGGUGUUUUCCGAUUUAGCCCCCGGAUUCUGCAGAGGAAUGCUCAUCACAUAUAAAGACUCGAAGAAGAAAUUCGUGGGUGAAUGCCGUUGGGGUCACCAGUCACUCAGGGUCUAUCAGAGCCCAUUAAGGCUAUUUUAUUAUCAGGGAGCAUUUCGUGCCCAAAACGCGCCGCGGUCUGCUCCACUGGUGGAAGUGUCGGACGUGGUCUUUGACUCCAGAUAUUUUGUUACACCGGCUUCUUGUCACAGGGAGGGUUGGCGUUCAUGUGAGCUGAAGGGGGAGCUUCACUUUUGGUUCAACGCCUGCGAGUCUCAUGUGUCCGUUCACCAAGAGUGA